AUGACUUUGAUUACUAUUUCCCAGUCCUUGGACGAGGCCUACACCAAGAACGAGAUUGUUCCUGACGUGGUUGACGAGUUUGACACCCAGGGAUUGUUAUCGAUUGAGUAUGGUCCUACCGAGUUGGUCACUUUGGGCAACACCUUGACUGUGGCUGGCACGCAGCAUGUGCCCAAAAUCCAGUUUACUUUGAACUCGCCCUCCGAGGACGGCAAGAUUGAGAGCAUCAACAAAGGUGACAAGUUUAUCUUGGUGUUCACCGACCCGGAUGCUCCUUCGAGAACCGACCACAAGUGGUCGGAGUAUUUGCACUGGUUGGUCACGGACAUUGAGUUCCCCGAGGCCAAGACCGAAAGCGGCGAGCCCGAAAUUAGUCAUUUCAUCGAUGCGAAGCAAGGAAGAGAAUUGCUUCCCUACGUUGGACCCGGACCUCCACCAAAAACCGGCAAGCACAGAUAUGUCUUUUUGUUGUUCAAACAAGACGCCAAGGACAGCCUCAAAGCCCCUACUGAUAGAAAGAACUGGGGCACCGACACCCCCGGCUCUGGUGUGAGAGACUGGAUCAAGAAGGAGGCCCCCGGCUCCAAAUUGUUGGCUGUCAACUUUUACUACGCUCAAAACGAAGACAACUAG